UCGUGCACUAAACAUCUCGGAAUUCCUAAGAAAAAAAUAGUAAAAAAACAGCUCAACAUAUUAAAAAAAUCUCCAGAAACUUGAAUCAUAAAGCAUCCACUUCUAAAUUCAUUCUCCACUUCUUCCAAUAAUAAAAACUAUUAAAGAAAAAUUAUAAAUAAAUCCUCAAAAUUAUAGGCAAUAUUAAAACUAUGAAAAACAAUUUUUAUUAAAAAAAUCAAAUUCAGAAUUUCAUCGAACAGAAUUUAUUCGCAUCUUCAAGUGCUUUUUAUGCGUUAAAAACGACUCAUCAUCAACAUUCUGACCCUCGCGACCCUAGAGAACAAUCGCUCAACCAGAAAGAAUUUAAAACUUCUAAAAAUAAAAUUUCCCAGAGUUUGAGGAAACUUUAGAACGAGGUCAAGUCGAUAGAAUAUUUUAGGUAAAUUCUGAAGUUUUUUUCGGCUGAGAAGGAAAUGUCUAAAUUACUUCGAAAAUUUUAGAUGAAAAUCACAAACAUGUCAAGUCGUAAAUAUUGAGUCCAAUCAUAAUCGGGGGGUAAAUCGCAUAGAUUAAAAAUGGGGGUCAAAUUGAAUAACUUAAAACUGAGACCUGCGGGUCAAAUUAUGCGGGUGAAAUCGUAUAGAUCAUAACUGAGGGUCAAGCGUGAAGAUUACAAGUGAGGGUCGAGCCUAAGGGUCAAAUCGCGUGGGUAAAAUCGAAUUGAUUGGUGAAAUGACUUGGGUAAAAGCGAAGGCCUAAAUGUGAAGGUCAAAUCAUAGAUGGGUUGAAAUAUAGACUUGAGCUUGAGCGUUAAAAUACGGGAUCAAGUCUGAAAAUAUGGAUAGAAACAUAAAGCUUGAACUUGAGAGUCAAAUCGUAUACGUUAAAAUACGUGUAGAGUAUCAGGUCUGAAAUUGAGGGCUUAAGCGUGAGGGUCAAUUCGUAGGUUAAAAUCGUGGGUUAUGUCUGAGGGCCAAGUAAUAUGGGGAAGAUGGAGAAAUGGAGGGCUAGCCCUGAGAGUGAAAUAAUAGAGGUGAAAUUCAAGGUCAAUUCUGAAGGUCAAAUAAUAUAAGUUGAAUCUGAGGGUCAAAUCAUAUGGGUCAAAAAGGAAGGUUAAAUCUGAAAAUAUGGGUAAAACCGUCAGGCUUGAAAUAAAGGAUCAAAUCAUACACGUCAAAAUCGAAGCUCAAGUUGGAAAAUGAGGGUGAAAUCGGAUGAAUUAAGACUAAGGGUCAAUCCAUCGGGUCAAAUAGUAUGGAUUAAAUCCGAGGAUCAAAGUACACGAGUCAAAAUGAAGGCCUAAAGGUCCUAUAUCUGUAAAAUCGUAUGAGUUGACCAUUAGGGUAAUCCCUGAGGAUAAAAUAUUAUGAGUCAAACCAGUGGGUAAAGCCUGAGGGUCAAAUCAUACGGUUGAAAUUCUACAGAUCCUACUGAGGGUCAACCGCGAGGGUGAAACCAUCCAAUAACCCCCCGAAGAAUGAAAGGAGGUUUCGAAAGUGAUCUAAUCUACUUCUCCCCGACGUCGCGCCUGCUCUACCAGCUGCUGAUCUACCCGAUAGUGUCAGUAGGAUUCCUGGGGAACCUGGGAGUGCUGAUCCGGCUCUUCCUGAUCCCCGGCAAGACCUGCCUGAAGCCUUUCUACAGGGCCUCCCUGAUGUCCCUCGCCCUCUCCGAUCUCCUCCUCCUCGGCACCACUGGCUCCAACCUCCUCGCGGUCCUGUCCUCCAGGACCAUCCUCUGGAGCCUCGAGGAGUGGGCCUGCACGGUUCUGCCGUUCCUCCAGACUGUCGCUGUCCUCGUGGCGUCCCUGAUCCUCGCGGGAGUCGCCAUCGAUCGAUUUUCCGCGUUCAAACGGAAAAUAUCGAUCUCACGGGGCCCCGGGUGGAUUCCAACGGUCUCCUACGUUCUACUCGUCUGGAGUGUAGCUGCUGGAGCAUCGUAUCCAAUUUUGGAUCUAUAUAAACCUCAGAGUCUUCACAUAAUAAACAAUUCAACGAUUUAUCGGGGUAUUUUGUGCGUGAAUGAUCGGGAAAAAGCGAAAACCGCUUACAUCGGUAUCUUUGUCGUCAUCUUCUUGCCUCUCACCAUCGCCUUCCUCGCGGUACACGUCUUGCUGGCACUCAGUAUCAACCAGAGGAAGGCUCCAGGGGAGUCUUCAAGGUCGGAGAUUAAUCUCUCAAGGGAAAAUUCAACAGCGUCCACCGAUCUCGAUCGCCCGAAACCGGGGAUUCCCAAGAUUAGGGUUCCCCUCCCGGCGCAUGUGCAAAGAAAGCAAAGGACUGUUCGAGUGAUCCUUCUCCUGAUUCUCGUGUUCGUCGUCUGCAGGCUUCCCCAAUGGACUUUUCUCCUCUUCAAGACACUCGUCGUGGUGCAGGGGUGGGUCUGGUGGCAUCUCCAGGUCGUCCUCUCAACCCUUUCCCUCUUCAAUGCCGCCAUCCACCCGUUCUUGUACGCUUUUUUGAACGAGGCCCUGUCGAUCGUCGACUGGGUUCGAUUGAUCUGCUCGAGGAAUCGAAAGUCGAUCGAUAUCGAGAGCACCGAGUCCAGAGUCAAGGAGAGGAGCUCCUCGGGAGAGGUUAAGAUUCCCAGGGGGCCAUACAGCCCUUAAAUGAUUUUCAACAAAAAUAUUAUUUUGCAGUUCGAUUUUUUAUUGGAAAAUCUAAAAAUGUAAUCAACAAUAAAUUAUGGAUUAUUAUCGA